UCUCGCGCGUGUGUUGUGUGUGUGUGCGUGUGUGUGCGCGCGGUGUCUCGCGGCGAUGCUGCCGCUGGGCCGGCUGUAGCGGGGGCAGCGCCAACCUCGCGGGCCUCUUGGAGAACACUGCGGCAUGGCGUCGCCGGCGCUGGAACUGAGGCGCGCCGGAGCCCGCGGCGGUCAGCUGGCCGCCCUGCUGCCUCUGACGCUGCUCUGCAUGGCCUUCUUCGCCUCUGCCCAGGACGACAACAGCGUGCUGGCGCCGGAAGAGCGCCGCGGGCCCUGCGCCGACUUCCGGCCGGGCGAGGACGACCUGCAGGCCUUCGACUUCAUCCGCACGUUCCGGCUGGACGUGCCGGACACCAGCUACCCGGGCGUGACGCGCGUCAAGGGCUCCAACCGCAUGCAGACGGCGUACCGCCUGGACCGCGACGCCGACCUCACGCUCCCCACCAGGCGGGUGUUCCCCCUGGGGCUGCCGGAGCAGUUCUCCUUCAUCACCACCUUCAAGACGCGCAAGGUGGCCAAGAGCCCGUGGCACAUCAUCCGCAUCUCUGACGUGGAGGGCAAGCCGCAGUUCCUCGUCACCCUCAACCCCAAGAAGCAGACCGUGGAGCUGUCCACGGUCAGCGCCCAGAACCGCCUGCAGACCGUCGCCUUCAAGAGGCCGCAGGUGUUCGACAAGGGCUGGCACAAGAUCCACUUCGGGGUGUUCAGCGACGAGGUGGUGCUGUACGUGGACUGCAUGCUGACGCCCCGGCAGAGGAUCCAGCGGCGAGGCCCCAUCGACACCAACGGCCUCAUCACCAUCUCCAAGGUGACCGGCGGGCGGCAGGUGGUCCCGAUAGAUCUGCAGUGGAUGGUGCUGAGCUGCGACCCGACCCGUCCCGAGCGGGAGUCCUGCGACGAGCUCCCCGUCACUGCGGUCCGCGCUACGUCGCCUCCUUGCGAGACGGUCUGCCCCCAGGGCCCACCUGGCUUCAACGGAACCAACGGCCUGCCAGGACCUGCCGGCCCGCCCGGACCAAUAGGAGAGCAGGGCUUCCCGGGGUUCGCAGGCAGCCCCGGACCGCGCGGCCCGGCCGGCCGGCCCGGCUCACCGGGUCCGCGGGGCCUGACGGGGGAGCGAGGCCCCCGGGGACUGCAGGGACCUGCCGGACUGCUGGGCGCCCCGGGACAGCCGGGAGCCAGAGGAGAGAAGGGGGACCGCGGGGACCGCGGGCCCAAGGGAGACCGGGGCAGCGACGGCACGCCGGGUGUUCCCGGGACGGACGGCCGCCCCGGACUGCCAGGGCCCCCGGGGCAGGCCGUGGUCAACGGGACCAGCGCUCCGGGCCCCCCGGGGCCGGCCGGCGUCCCCGGCGCGCCGGGCGCAGCCGGGCCGCCCGGUCCCGAGGGCGCGGCGGGGAGACGCGGCCCGCCGGGGGAGCCCGGGGAGCGCGGGCCGGCGGGCAGGGACGGCAGCGACGGGGAGCGCGGGCUGAAGGGGGACAGCGGGGCGCCGGGACCGCCCGGAGAGAGGGGCCCUGUCGGCCCGGCGGGUCCGGCGGGCGUCCCGGGCCAGCCCGGCCGGCAGGUGGACGGGGAGACGGUCCCAGGGCUCCCUGGUCCCGCGGGACCCCCCGGGGAGCCCGGGACACCGGGACCGCCCGGGCCCGAAGGCAGCAAGGGCUCGCAGGGCGACCGCGGCGAGAAGGGGCCUCGCGGAGACCAAGGGGAGCGGGGUCUCGCGGGGACGCCGGGACAGGACGGACUGCGAGGGGAGUCCGGGAGCGAAGGUCCUGCCGGGAGCGCUGGCGACAAGGGUGAGCCCGGACUCCCGGGGUCGCCCGGCGUGCAAGGCCCGCCGGGACUCGUCGGCCUGCCGGGUCCGUCGGGGGCGGCCGGCGUCCCGGGGCUGAAGGGCGAUGCAGGGGAGCCCGGGGAGCCAGGGCUGCCCGGGUCGGCGGCCUCGGCGGGAGACCCGGGACCGCAGGGCCCCGCGGGACCUCCCGGGCCCCAGGGCGAGGACGGGGCGCCGGGCGAGCCGGGGCCCCAGGGGGAGGCGGGGCCCUCCGGGGAGGCCGGCGCUCCCGGGAUACCCGGGCGCGAGGGCCUUCAGGGCGAGGAGGGCGAGGUGGGUCCCCCAGGAGCGAAGGGCGAACAAGGACCAAGAGGGAAAGAAGGACCUCAGGGACCAGAAGGGAAGACCGGACCUCGUGGGUUCCUGGGAGCAGCCGGGCCGAAGGGCGACUCCGGUGAUCCGGGACUGCAAGGUCCCGUGGGACCACGAGGACUGCCUGGUAACAUGGGAGCCCCCGGAGCGCCGGGCGGCCCCGGACCGUCCGGUCUGCCGGGACUGGUGGGCCCAGCGGGGGCGGUGGGGCCUGCCGGGCCCCCGGGCCCCCCCGGGGACAGCGGCUACGCCCCGAGCAACCUGCUGGUGUCGGAGGGCGACGGCCUGCCGGGCGUCGCCGGACCCAGAGGGCCGUCCGGGCCCCCGGGACUGCCCGGGGAGCGCGGCGCGGCUGGGGAGCGCGGCCCGGAGGGGCAGCCCGGAGUGAUGGGGAUGCCCGGGAAGGACGGCGCCCCGGGCAACCCUGGCCCCCCGGGACAGAGGGGGCAGUCCGGCAUGCCGGGCCUGCCGGGACCCCCGGGACGGAGCUUCACGGAGGCGGAAGUGCGAGACAUCUGCGCAGCUGUGCUCCGAGACCAGCUCACGGAGCUGACGGAGUCGCUGGUGGGACCUCCGGGGCCCCCGGGACGCAGCCGGCCGGGACGUCCCGGCGCCCACGGACUGCAGGGAGCGCCAGAUCGUUUGGAUGAGCUAACCUCGGGACUGCGUGGUCCGCCGGGCCCCCCAGGGAUUAGCCGGCAUGGUCGGGUGGGGCGUAGAGGCCCCCCUGGCAUCCCAGGUGACCGAGGCCCGCCCGGGCUCCCGGGAGAGCGGGGCUUCACGGGCCUGCCCGGUCCCUCGGGCCCCGCCGGGCCGCCGGGCGCCCGUGGCGAGAUGGGCGAGAAGGGCGACCGCGGGCCGGAGGGCGUCGGAGUCGAGGGCCCCAUGGGCCCGCGCGGAGUCCCGGGACCCACGGGGCCGGAGGGCGUCGGCCUGCCAGGUCGCGAGGGCGAGCGCGGGGAGCCGGGCCGACCAGGGACGCCAGGUCUGCGUGGGACCCCGGGAGCCCAGGGUCCUCCGGGCUACUGCGAGUUCUGCAACUACCCGGGGAACAACGUCAUACAUACGGUGGUCCCGCGGCAAGGCGGCACCACCAAGGGCCUGUGAGGCGGCCCCCCCAGCUCCGCCCCCGGGGGGGCGACCGGCCCAGACGUGCGCGCGGGACUGGUGUUCUCUGGAAGCGGAACCAACACACCGAUGUCUGUUGAUGCGGUGUGAUGAGAGAUUUUUUUUUAUUUUAUUUCUCUGUGUUUUAGUAUUUUAAGGUUUUUUUUUUUUGGACUCUCCAGACAGAUGUUUUACUAAAUGUAUAAUAUUUAUGGAUAUUACAUCUUUGUUUUAGUUAUUUAAUUCUUACUAACAAAAGUGAUUCACUGGCCAUCAUAAUUUAUAAUAGAAGUUUUUUUUGUUUGUUCAUUAUUUUUAAUUUAAUGUUUAGUUCAAAACUUUAAAACAUUAUUAAGGUUCUACAUUUUUUGGUACCUGUACUGGGAUUAUAUCAUUUUGAGUAGUUAAUUUCUAUUCAAAUAAAUUAUUAUUUAAAGAUGAGUAGGUACUUAGAUUGAAGAGGAUGUACCAUUUCACUAUGGCAAAUUUUGAGGGACUGAAACUUGCUAUGAUACUAGCCUGAGAUGAUAAUGGAUAGUUUUGUGGGUAAAAAUGAUGCUUUUCAUUCCACGUAUUGACAUUGUUUUGCACGUUUUCAAAUGAAAUUUUUGAAAUAAAAUGUUAGUUACUGUUAUAUCUUUUAUUUUAAGUAUUGAGAAAUUUUAUAAAUUUAGUAAAAUGUCUGUCCUAUUUUUAAUCCUUACUAUGUCAUCAUUUGCUUGCUUGAAUCAUUACAUUUUGACGUACAUGAUAUUAAUAUAAUAUCAUUGUUAAUUAGUUGUAUCUCUGUCCGAUUACUAAUGCAGCAAAAACCUUAUUUCUGUGGAAAUAUUUUGUUAAGUUUUUGUUUCAGUAAUAGAACGUUUAAUAUGGCUUUAGUUUAUAAAUGGUAAGUUUCCAUGUUGCAGUUAUUGACUAAUAUCUCUUUUUCCUGCUUGAAUACAUAUGUUUACCAAUUCUAGGUAUAUUUCUUUAUUCAGUAAUGAUGUAUUUUGAGUCAUUGGUGCAUUGCCAUUUUUACCUUGCAGACUAUGCUUAUAAGUAAGAAAUUACUCAUGGGUAGGUCCAGGUAUGCAUGUAUUAUUUGUGUAAGCCAUACAUGUGUUUUAAUGUUUGUUAUGUAAAUAAUGUGUUCCUAGGAGUCACUGAAGAUGUAAUUGACCUUGAAGGGAGGUUUAUGUAAUUUAAAGACUUUAAAAAAAUCAUUCCACAAUUUGUAAAGAAGUAAACAUUAAAGUAAUGUAAAUAAAUAGUUUUGCAAAUUGAUAGGAAACUUUAGUAGUUUGAAUAGAAAAAUUAUUUUUCUAUCAUUGCAUUAAAAUUGACAAAACAUUUUAUUUGAUUAGAAUGUUAGUUUUCAUAAUAUUGGUUAAAAUUUCUAUUUUAAUUUUUUCUUAUUUCAGCCCAACUAAUGUACAUUGCGUACUGGAGCCUCCCUCCAAAGAAAAUUUCAUAUAAAGUGAUAGCUUUGCUGAGUCAGUGAGGAGUCUCAUAUUUGUGUUCAUUAGUGUCCAUACAGAAAAUAUUUAUGAUUACUAUAAUAAUAUGCACAUAAUUGUUUUAGCUUCUAAAAUUAUAUUUAUGUUGGUAUCACUUUAAUUUUUUAUUGUAUUUUUCUGUAUUAUGUCCGAUUUAACACAUAUGUUCUGCCCAGCAGUGUUAAAAUAAUUUUGUAGUUUUUGAAUAGUUUAUUGAAUAUAGAUCACUGCCAUAAGAUUUUUGUUCUGACAUUUAGAGAAAAUGAUGAAUUUUAUUCUUAGUUUUUUUAUAGGUACUGUAUUGUGAUAUAAUAUUUUGUUUUAAGGCACUAAUAAUAUGUUUUUAAAAUAACAUUUUUAAUUAUUAUAAUUAAAAAAAACAAAUUUAAAUGUAGUCCAUUUAUUAAAUAUAUACAUAACAUUGUAGAUUUUACAAAAAAAAAUAUAUCUGAAUUAUAGUAAAAAAAUAUGCUGAAUAGGUACACUUGCAAACAACAAUCAUGUUUAUUAUUUUCUUGAGAAAACUUUUUUAUAAGUGGUGAUUAGUUUUGAAAUAAUUUACACUCAGUGUCUUUUAACUUAAAACAAUAUAUAUACAUAUAAGACUUGACUGCAUUAACAAGUGCCAAAAUAUGUCAUGUACAUUGUGUACUUCCUCAGAACAUAUUUAUAUAUAUAUGUAUUUUAUGUGCCUUAAUAAUAUUCUAAUUUUGUAAAAUAUUAAAACCUGUAAACAUUAAUUUUUUAUUUUGAAAUAAAUGUUAUAA